GAACCCUAAAUCUGAAAAUACCUUGACUCCGCUCUGCCACUGCUGAGAAAAUUGCGACGCGGAAACACGCGCAUCUUCACGAUCCUGGAAUCCACCGCGGCAUAUCCAGCGAUUCCGAUCUCCGACGAGUCUGCGCAGGCGAAGAAUCGCGCGAUUUGUCUGGAAAUCGCGAUUCAGCCACGAUUCAUCCCCGAUACUGAGACUCAACCACGAUUCAGGAAGAAAAACGAGACAACCUCCGAUUCGUAUCGGUAGCAGUUCGAAUCAUAUCGAAUCGGGCGAUACAUAUCGUGAAUCGUACGGUUGUGUCCUAAAAAUGGCACUGGUUGUAAUGUGUGGGCAACCAUGCAGUGGAAAGUCCAAAGCUGCAGUCUGUCUCGCCGAAGCUCUCAAAGAAUCAGAAUCAAAACUUCAAGUGAGAAUCAUAGACGAAGCUUGUUUUCAUCUUAAUCGUAACCAAAGCUUCGCGAAUAUGCCUUCGGAGAAGAAUUUAAGAGGGGUGCUUAGGUCAGAAGUAGAUAGGUCCCUGUCUAAAGAUAGCAUCAUCAUAGUAGAUUCUUUGAAUAACAUCAAGGGUUACCGAUACGAGCUAUGGUGCUUGGCUCGAGCAGCAGGGAUCAGAUAUUGUGUGGUUUUCUGUGAUGUUGAAGAAACCAUUUGCAGGAAAUGGAAUGAAGAACGCAGGGAGAAAGGAGAAGCCAAUUAUGAUGAUUCGAUAUUUGAAGAUUUGGCAAGAAGGUUUGAGAAACCAGAUAGAAGAAACCGGUGGGAUUCUCCAUUGUUUGAAUUAUGGCCACACAGAGAAGCAACAGAGAAAUCUUCCCCUGCUGUUGUAGAUGCUGUCUCCUACUUAACCAAGAAAGUGGACUCCAAAACCAGGGAUGUUAAGAUACUACAACCAACUAUUGCAACUCAAACCUCGCGUUUUUCUGAUGCAAAUUCUCUCUAUGAGUUGGACAAAGCAACACAAGAGGUCACAAAUGCUAUAGUAGAAGCACAAUCUCAAGCUCUUGGAGGACCACUUAAUGGAGUUUCCAUAGGGAAAGACUUGCCUGUAAUUAACAUUUCAAGGUCAGUUGGGCUUCCAGAGCUUCGUAGGAUGCGCCGUACCUUCAUAAAAUUGACAGGGCAAACAAGUUUAAGUGGGCCACCACCUCCUUCUGAUGCAGAUAGUGCAAAAAGAAUGUUCAUUGACUACUUGAACAGGGAACUGGGAACAUCCUGAAAGAUAUGAUAGUCUUGCAAUUCAUCUUAUAUGUGUGCUAAAAGAUGCCAUGUUUGUGUGUUUAGAUCCUGAGCUGUUUUAUAUUUACCUAGAGCAUUAUUAUUGAAUACACUGCUUUUUUGAAUUCCCUCUUUAUUCUACUAUCAUUUAAUUUUCUCU